UCUGCAGAAGACGAUGAUCCAAAAAGAAAAAAAUCCAAUUUCAAAAACAGGUGGGGAAAAGCAGCAAAUCCUGCAAUGAGCUUAAAACUGAAUAUGUGCUGGAGAAGCUGAGUCUGAUUUUAAGAACGCCAUGAUGAUGCAAAUGAAAGCCAAGUCUGCUGAGGUUCUCUCAAAGUUUUGCAGAUCUCCCUGCUCCGCUUCAAAGAGCAAACGCCUAAAAGGUGAGAAAAUCCAAAAGUUCCAGCAGAAAUCUGAAGGAGAGGUUGGAGGAACCACGUGAGGACGGCCGCUGACUGCUGCUCCAACAACCCACGGCUGGGAGAAGAUGAUUAAUUGGAUGGACGUUUAUAUGGAUGGAUGGAUGACCAUCAGAAAGGCAGAGCUCUGGUAUUUAUUUGGGUUCUUGAUUUAAUUUUUUGGAGCAGUCCGUGGUCACUGAUAUGUCCCAACAGUGAGAUAAAAAUCUAUCUGUAAGCUGGUUCAGAAUGCUUUCCGUUACUUGCUGGCGGGUGUGUUCAGUUCCCCUCCGCUCCGCCGGGUGGCGCUGCCAUCUGUCUACUCGGGUCUGAUCCAAAGCAAACCGGAUCUUUAGCGGAUGCUGACUGUUAACAGCGGCUGCUGAGACAGCUGUUGGCACCAAAAACGAACCGAACCCCCGCACAACCGAACCAUGUCAAUGAACUGCGCAUGUGGAGCACGUGCAUGCACCUCAGAGAGAACCGGAUGUUCGGCCUCGGCGACAGUUUAGCUUCUCUUACUUUUCUAAGCUGUUUUGUCCGGACGGGACGCCGGUUCGAAUCUCUGUUUGGCGGGAACGGACAUGGACCGACAGAGAACCGUGGGAACCGAGCGGACCGGCUAACGGUCAGGAUGAAAAGCUUUGAAUAAAACUUUAUCAACAGGAGGGAGCGGUGACAGUCAGAGGCUGACGUCAUGGACACCUUGCUGGACUUUGAGGAGUGCGUCAGGGACUCCCCGGAAUUCAGACUGGCUGUGGAUCAGUUCGAGGCGGACAUUUCUCUGCUGGAGGCGCAGCUGCACAAGGUGAUGAAGCUAAGCGGGAAGAUGGUGGAGGCGGGACAAGCCUACAAAGCAGCCAAUCAGCUGUUCCUCAGCGGGCUGGCCGAGCUCUCCACAAACCACAAACAAGAGGGCGUGAUCACGAGCUGCCUGGACCAGUUCCAGCAGGGCCUGCAGGAGGCGCUCAGCUUCCACUCGAUGUUGUUGGACCAGACGCAGAGAGCCAUCCGCCAGCAGCUGAGCAGCCUCUGCUCGCAGUUCCUGCCCCAGCUGGCAGAAACCAGGAAGGACUUUGUUCGGAUCGGGGAGAACAUGGAAACGGCGGCGCUGAAGAACGCUCAGGUGUCACGGCACAAAGCGGCCGACGCGGAGCGGGCGAGCCACCUGCUGCUCGCCACGCGCAAAUGUUACCAGCACUUUGCUCUGGAUUACUGUCUGCAGCUCAACACCUUCAGGAUUCAGCAGAAGGUGGACAUCUUGAACUCGGUCUUCUCCUUCGUUCAGGCUCAGUUCACCUUCUUCCACCAGGGCUUCGACCUGCUCAGAGACCUGGAGCCCAGCAUGAAGACCAUGGCGGUGCAGCUGUCGCAGCUGUCGGCCGAGUGCUCCGCUCAAAAGAAGGAGCAGGAGAACCGGCACCUGCUGGUGCAGCAGAGGGACGCUUUGGGAGAGCCGAUGGUCGGCCCACGCCACGGCAGCGACCAGGUCCUUCAAGGUUACCUGUUCAAGCGCUCCAGGAGGAAACCCAAGACCUGGAAGAGGUGCUGGUUCACCAUCAGGGACAAUCGGCUCGUCUACAGGAAGAACCACAAGGAGGAGCCAGCGGUUCUCUUUGAGGAUCUGCGUCUGUGCGCCGUCAAGCCACUGGAGCACGGCGACCGCCGUUUUUGCUUCGAGCUUCUCUCCGUCCAGAGGUGCUGUGCGCUGCAGGCCGACUCGGAGCAGCUGAGGCGGGCGUGGCUCGGCGCCCUGCAGGGCAGCAUCGACCUCGCCUACAGACGUGGGGGCGGUGACAUGGCCCCCUCCCAGCAGGUCAAAGAUCCCCCUCCCCUCCUGUCCGGAGGGGAUGCUUCCCCCGGCCCCCCUCCUCCGCGACAGGCGGUGCUGGGCGUGGCUCUUGGCGGCCGGGGGAACCGGCAGUGCUGCGACUGCGGGGAGGCGGAGCCUCGUUGGGCCUCCGUCAACCUGGGAGUGACCAUGUGCAUCGAGUGCUCUGGAAUUCACAGGAGCCUCGGGGUCCACCUGUCCAAAGUGCGUUCCCUCACUCUGGACUCGUGGGAGGCGGAGCAGCUCAAGCUGCUGUGCAUUCUGGGAAACGAAGUCAUAAACCGGAUCUACGAGGCUGGAUGUUCAGAGCAGAGGGUCCGACCCGGAGCCAGCAGUCCUCGAUCCGAGAAGGAGGCGUGGAUCAAAGAGAAGUACGUGGAGAAGAGGUUCGUGUCGCGCUGCGGCUCAGACGGAGCUGAGAUUCAGAAGGACGAGGCGGGACGCCGUCUCUAUCGGGCCUCUGUGGCGGGAGACCUUGUUGCCAUGGCAACAGCACUGGCCCAGGGGGCAGAGGUCAACGGGAGCAUUCCUGAGGAGGAGGGCCGGACGGCGCUGAUUGGAGCAGCUGUAGGGGGGUCGCUGCUGGCCUGUGAGUUUCUGCUGCAGAACGGAGCCAACGUGAACCACCGGGACCUGCGGGGGCGCGGCGCGCUGCACACCGCCGCCACCGCCGGACACACCGGGCAGGUGUGUUUGCUGCUGAAGAGGGGGGCCAAUCAGUACGCUGUGGAUGAGCGCGGACAGGACCCGCUCGCCAUCGCCGUGGAAACCGCCCAUGCUGACAUUGUGACACUGCUGCGCAUGGCCCGCAUGAACGAGGAGAUGAGGGACUCGGAGGGAGCCUUCGGCGCCGCGGGAGACGACCAGACGUUCCAGGACAUCAUCAGAGACUUCAGCGACAUGGCGUCGCACGACCCGGAAAAGCUCAGCAGGCGCCACCUCAGCGUGGGGGGCCAGGAAGACGCAGAGCAGGAAGGAGGAAGAGGAGCAAACUCCCAGCUCGGUGUUCAAAAGAACGUUGACUGACAGACCUGCAGGUUACCGUGGUAACAGCUGGACAGACGAGAGACGGGUGGCGCAGCGUUUCCGGGUCCCGGCGAGCGAGAUCUUCAGACUCGGUUCUGCCGAGGAAAGCGUUUUGGUUUAAAGAAAGACGGGUUUCUGUCCCGUCAGGUCAAGAAAAAUCCACGUCCUGAAAAUGUGAGCGCUGAGCUGCAGCUUCCUGUCUGAACAUUUCAGCCCCCGCCAGCAGUUUACUGAUAAGUCCAGUUCAUGCCCCGACCGCCACUGAGGCCAGCGGUCACUGGAGGGGGGGGGCACCACUGAGGCCACUAGUCAAGAAUUGCAGGUUUGCUUCACUUCUGAACCAAAUCUGAGGGAAAACCUACUUUUGAGGUUUUUCAGAUGUGAGGAAAGUUUCUGAAGUGAAAAAGGGAAUUUGUUACAUAAAGUGGUUCCUGAACAGCCCCCCCCUCCUCGGCAGCUGGAGUUUCAUUGGUGAUGUCACAUAUUUGGCCCCGCCCUCAACAGAUCAAGCAGAUCGUUCAGGGAAGACGUGGAGCGACUGAAAUCCGUCCAAACUUCUGAGUUAAAAUUCACAUGAAAAUGUGGACCAUCCUAAGUUUCAGGGUGGGGGGGGGCAUUUGGUUUAGUUAGUUUUUAAUCUUUGGCAUCAUUAGCAAGUGAAGUUUGUGACUAAAGCAGGAAUUCUUUACCCCCUGUUUGCAGAAUGCUAACAUUUUAGUCUGUUCAGAGGUCAAAGCGCUAGUGUUAGCAUGCUACACUGCACUGAGGGGCUCAUGGGAAAAUGAGUUCAGUCUGACAGAAACCUAUCAGUGUCCCGGUUACAGAUGUGUGUAUUUAUGACAGAAUUAAAUCUACCUGCAGGAGCAAAGUCUCCACAUGGAUGUGCUUCUAUCAGACGUGUGUUUUUGUGAUGCUUUCUGGGUCAACCCACCUGCAGUAGCAGACGCUGCUCACUGGGGGGCAGUGUUUUAUCGGAAGCUCGUCCUGCGGUUAUCGUAAUUGGUGCCUGUAUCUGUAUCCGUUUUCUGUGCUGUGGUCUUCUGCAGCUCUGUGGUCCGCUAAGCUCCACCCAUCCGUGGCGUGAAAAGGCGCCGUGCUCCUCGAUGUUUGACUUUUCCCUCCCCCUGCAGCUUUUCUCAGUCAUUAAACCAGUUCUGUUCUCACUUCUCUA